CAUUACUCAAAGCCGUUUGUAAGAGUUUGUUGAGUGUUCUUCAGUUUAUGUUUUCGUGGCUGAGUUCCGUUUUUCUUUCUUCGAACGUGUAGACUUUCUACAGAAUCUGUUGAAUCAUGAGCAGAGCUGUAACGGCGGAUUUGAGGCGCAAUAGCAUAGAUUUUCUUGGCGUGUCCGGUUCGUACACAGAAAAACUUUCUUCGAGUACGAAUUCGAUCGACGGCGAAACCAUACCACUGCGGAGAAAGGGUUUUCAACAUGAGCAAGAUUCGAAGAGGAGCGGAGAUUUUUCAGCUCACAAUGGACACAGAACUAAAGAGGAUAAAUCUGUGGGAUUUAGCUCAGGGAGAACAUGUGGUUGUCGUCCGGAAGAAUACCGAAAAAUACAAAACUACUGCUUUCGAUUUCUGGAGAUGCCUAAAGGACCUUUUAGCAUCUUGUACCAUGCUCUUUUGUAAGUAGAAACUUUUCUUGUUGAUCGUUACCAGAAGCGAAGAAAUAGAUAUUUUAUCGGCGAAAAUUGGAUGAAUCUCGAUUUAUUUCGUUUAAUAACUCGCUUUAUCGCGGGAGCUGACGACAAGAAAAUGGGCACUUUUCUUUUGUUGUUAAGUGAAAAUUAGUUCCUAGGAUCUGUUUCUCUAAAGGCAAUAAAUAAUUCGUAACGUCUUCCGAUCUGUUUUAAUUUUAAAGCGAUCGUAUUUUCACCUGGGGUUCGUAAGUGUACAAGUUCCUUGUUUUGAUAUUUUCGCACUCGACACGUCAAGUUUUUACUAAACAGUAAACACACAAACAUGAAUAUAACCGAACGUGGUAAUUUUCACUUUCAAUUCUACUACGUGCCCAACUGAAAUUUUUUUCCGUGCGUUUUUAAUACCAAGAUAAUGCUCUUCAAUCAACUUUGAAAUUUAACGCUAAUUAGUUCACUUGGAUGUGCUCUCUGCUUGCAAGUCGAGAUAAUUUUUUUGCUAUUAAUUAGCCUUGCGUGAGAAUUAAAACUCUUCGCAUUGCAAAUUUUAGCGAUCAGAUGGGAACUUAUUCAUGAGAUUAAAACGACUCGAAGCUUUGAUUUACUGUACAAUGAAGUAGACCUUGUUGAGGACUAGGCGCACUUUUUAAUAAUGAAGUCUAUAAACGGUACCUAUUUGUACUGGUAAGACAGAAAUAUUAUUUUCUUGUUUCUUGUCAAAUUAUUCUGGUAUAGCUUUGAAUGGAGUAUUUGUGAACUAUUGUGAAUUUUAUUUAUUUUGUGCACUCAAAAUCAAUUCUUGAAUCACUUGGAAAGCGUUUUUUCGUCAAAAUACUUGGUGAAUCCUUAAAAUAAUCUGAAUCGGAACGUUCAAAGCAUUUUGUUUUUCUAUCGAACACGUAGACCUUAUUCAAAAUGUAUAAAGUUCCCCUGAUUUAUUACAAAUCACUCUCUAAUUAACCUCAUUUAUAAUGUGCUAUGUGGUUUUCAAGACAUGUUGUCGGCGAAUAAUUUAAUUCACACAUUAUUAUACUUUUUGGCAAUUAUCUCAGUCCUAGAUUACAUGUUUGUCUGUUCUUUCCAUUCUAGGCAAUAUUUUUACAAUGAACAGCCUUCAAUGUAUUUUGCCAAGCUGUUCAUCACAGAGAUAAAGUUACACUCUACCCUUAUAUGUCAAUCAGCACUCUACGAUUUUCCUCGGAAACAAAAAUAGUGGUUAUAUUUGCAUAUUCAAAGAACAAACAUCUCUCAAAUUUUUCAUCAGGGAGAUCUGUUUUUAAAAGCCAAUUGUGAAUUAUUAAGAAGAUUCUGUUGCAUUAUUUGGUCAAAAAAAUAGAAAAGGUUUGGUGAAAAAGCACUUUUUUUCCAACAGAUUCUAAAUUUGGAUUGCUCAAAUUUUUUGGCACAGAACCCUUGCUGGGCAUGUUUGGCAACUAGGAAAUAAAUAAAAUAGACCACACAAAAGACUGUUGAAAUAUUUUGCGCAAGUGUGAAGUCAGCAUCGGAACCAAUGAUCAUUUCAAAGAAAAUACAUUGGGGCAAGGAUUCUUCUCUCUUUUCAUGUGAGGUUUUCUGCCAGACAAAACUAUCUGAAAGAAGCAAAAUAUGAGAGAAACUCAUUAUAUAUAAGUGAAAAAUAUUGCUUUAAUAUGUGUUUUAGAACCAACCGGCAAAACUUAAUUACCUACUAACAAACAUUCACAUCCUUUUUUUUGUCAUUGUGGUAAUGUUUUCUUUUCGUCUCAAAUUUUUUUAUGUGUGUAGUGUUUUUCGUUGAUAAGCCUGCAGUAUGAGAGUAAAAAUCUGUUAAUGUAAAAUUGGAUUCAUUAGCCAAGGUCAUCUUAUCUUAAAUGUGUCUCCAGCAGUCUUAAUGUGUUUCUGUCUAAAUAUAAAAUCAUUCUUCACAAGAGCUGUUUCUGUUUUUUCUGCGGUCAAAAGUAUUAGCUACAACAAGGGUUUAUUAAGUGCCUGUUGUUUCUGGCCUGUCCAAUAUCUGUUCCAUAUUAGUUUUUUCCAUCAAAGAAUGUAUCCAAGACUUUGGUGGUGUAACAACCUUGCGGUUGUCAUGAAAGGAGUCUUCCCAUUAAUUCCUAUCAGAGUGUAAGACAGUGUGUUGAGGUGUUGAUUAAAUGACAAAUGCUUUAGGUGUGAAAAUGAUAUUUGACCAUUGAGGAGUUUAAUCUGUUCAAAUGCUGUUAUCCUGGCUAAUACAUUUGAGUUACCUUUUCUAUAUUUUCAUAUAGGGGGGCUUACUUUCACAAUUACUGUUGGUACAUUGGAGCGUUGCUUGCUUUACACAAAGGAAUGAACAUGUUUAUUUUUCGAUGAAUUCUCUUUUUGCAAAGUGGGCCUUCAUUCGGUAUAAUUCCUUUAAAAUCAGUUCUUGUUUGUCGUUUGUAUAUCUUUUUAUUCACACUUGCUUUUGGUCCAACUGUCCCCCAAAAGCAUCUACAAAACCACAAGUUUGAGAUUUUUUGAUAGGGAAAAGCACUGGAUGGAAGGACAUAAUCCUCUUAUGAUUUUGCUCACAGAUUACAUAACUUUUUUUGUCACCUCUACUCAUGUCCAAUCUUAUUUACUUAAUUGCUCUGGUUUUGGUUUGUUAUGAAAGAUUCUUUCAUCCCACACAACAACAAAAAUAAACAUAUCAGAUUAAUACAGGAUGAUGACCCCACAAGUGUCUUGGGGCAUUUUCGCUAUGAUAUAUGUCAGCAUAUUAAUGAUGGCAUAUGCUAUGUGUUUAAAAGGUCAAGCAGUCUAUUUAUUGAUUCUGAAGUAAAAUUGUGGCAUGUAUGAUUUUCUGAGUGUUCUUAAUUUGCUUGCAGAUUUUUCCUGGUGAUUGUAAGUUUGAUUUUAAGUGUGCUGAGCACAGUGCGAACAAAGGAAGAAAACUAUGAAGAAGUUUUAGAGACACCAAUUUUAGUAGUGGUGAGUGUCUGAGAAACAGUGAACAGAAGAAAGCAUUGCAUUUGAAAGCUGCGACUUUGAUAAGGAGCAUGAUAGACAUUACUUAAAGCCAUUUGUGUCACUGCAGGAAGUAGGAAAGAAUUUCGGCCACAGAAUUUGUGAUAAAACUUGCCAAUUUGGUGUCCUUUGCUUGACUCCCAUGUUGCAAGUUUCAUGUAUUAUUACUAAGUGUUUAAAGUCUGAGAUUGAAAUAAGAAAAAGAUUUGCAUAAAAUAUCAUGUAAUGUGACAUUAAACUUGUCAGUUCCCGUUUAUUUUGUGCAUGUUUUUUUUUCAUUAGAUGAUCUGUUAUGGAAAUCUGACAAUUGGAAAUGAUGAAGAGGCCCAGAUCUCAUCUCUAAAGAGCAUACUUAAAUGUGUCUUUGCUUUUGAGGUUUCACUAACAAAAUUAUUCCAAUUUUGUUCUAUUUACAGGAAAUUAUUUUAAUAGUGGUAUUUGUAGUAGAGUAUUGUGUCAGAUUUUGGGCAGCUGGUUGUCGCAGUGCGUACGUAGGGAUUAAGGGAAGAUUACGCUUUGCUGUACAGAUAUAUUCUUUAAUAGGUAUGAUUCUCAUUAAAUAUUUAAUUUUGUUUUUCUUUUUGUGGUACUGUGUUUCUAUGUGGCUCAGAUAAUAGAAUUAAUGAGAUCAUUAGCUUGUAGUCAAGUUUAUGUUUAUGUGUAUUAAGUCCUGCAGCAGUUGCAUCAGACUUAACCCUUUAACUCCCAUGAGUGACCAGGAUAGAGUUUCUCCUUACAAUAUCAAUACAACAUCAACUAGAUAAGUGAUGAGAAUAAAGCAAAAUAUCAAUUUGGGGAUAAUUAGUUGAUCCAAUACUAAAUUCUCUGCACUAACAUUAUGAGAAUUGUAUGGUUGACACUAAGGAGGAUUACAAGUUUGAUCUGGGACUUAAGGGCUUGACAGGGGCUGCUACAGUUUUGCUGCUCUCCUGUGCAUGUCACUUCAGUUUACUCCUGGUGCAUCUUGUUUAACAUGCUUAUAAGCUGCUGCUGUCACCCUUUCUUCCAACCUCACUGCCAAGUAUUGGCUCAGUAUUUGUAGUCUUUUAUUGGUGACUAGUGAAAGAGUGCCAGGUUAGAUUAAUCAGUCCAGGGUUGCCAUUAUUAGUUAGCUCCCGCUUAAGAGUUAGUUCUUGGCUCCACAAACCUUGAAGGCACCUGCCUUGCUAUCGUAUGAUUUGGAAAGGUUUAAAUUCUUGUAAGAUGUUGUAUUUCCUUGAAUAAGUGCCCAGGAAGAAGUUAGUUAAGUUAGUUCAGCAAUAGGACAAUAAUUAAAAGAACAGAUAAAUUAUGCUAAGAAAUUAUACAGGAACUCUACAAGCACAUGGGGACAGAAACAACUGGAGCAGAAAAGAAAUUAUUUCCCCAAACUGAUUCCACUGUAGUUGAAGCCUGAAAAUUAUAAAUAGAGUGGCAAUAGAGACAGGUUUUCCUUGAAUCCACAUUGUUAAGAAACUGAGGGAAGGAGGGGGGGGGGAUUUGUUUGACAUACAGCCUUGUUGGCACUUUUUGGGUUAGGGUGCUUUUUGGAGUGUAGAUGCUUAUUUGAGAAAAUAUGACAUGGGGCAAUUUUUAAUGGUUAUUGUGUGAUUUUUUGUUUCAGAUAUGGUAGUCAUUGUUUCUUCAAUUGUAGCUGUGUCCCUGGCUAGCAACAUGUCUUCUUCUCCAAUUAGGUAUUACAACAUUUUUUGCCAGUUUCUUGGGUUUGAAUUUUUGCUCUCAUUCUUGUACAUAGUUUUGAUUACAUUGAUUCUCUGUUUUUAUCUCCAAGGUUACUGAGAUUUCUACCACUCCUUCGGGUUCUGAGAUUCGACAGACAGGGAGGAACGUGGAAACUCUUGGGCUCUGUGAUCUUUGUCCAUCGUCAGGUGGGAAUAAAAAUAAUAUUAAACUCAGUCAUCUUGAACUAUAAACUUUUCAGAUUUACAAUAUCACCCCUGAAUCACACAUUAACGUUGCUGGAGUAAAAGAAAUGAUCACUGUCUUUAGAAGUUCUUGAUUGUUAAAAAAGUUCUCCUUGUCAGCACCUUGGGAAAUUAUUGAGGACAGCAUGGAGAAUAUGCAUACUGAUGUCGCUGUUUUAAGGGUUAAUAAGAGUGAUUUGAUGUGAUAUUUCUCUUUGUUUUCAGGAACUUCUUACAACAUUUUAUCUUGGUUUUAUCAGUUUAAUAUUUGCAUCCUUUGUACUCUACAUGGUUGAAAAAGAUUCAAAUAGUGAUUUUGACAGCUGGCCUAGUUCCUUUUGGUGGGGAGUUGUAAGUAUACAAUGUACAUUGACUUUACUAUUGUGCUGAAACUUUUUUUUUUCUGUUAAUAUUCACUUUUUCUUUCUUGUCUUGUCCACUCUUCUCUUUCUCUUUCUUCUUACACCCAUCUCUUCCCUCCUCUACUUUCUAAUUCUGUCCACCUCCUUUAUACCUUCCCACCUCACUCUAUUCCCUUUCAUCUCCCAUUCCCUUGGCGGUCUUUUUAUUCCUUUUAUUUUCCCACACCAUCCUGCCCAUUCCUUUACUUUCCUUUUUUCCCUCCUUCUCUCAACUCCCUCUUAUCCUUCCCCCUCCCUUGUCCUUCUGCCCACUCUGCCCCAUCCCCUCUCCCCGCCCUCUCUCCCUUCCUUUCUUCCUUCCCUCCCUUUUUCUCCAUACCCUUCCCUUCUUCUCCUCCUCCCUCCCUAUUUAUUCUUACACCCUCCCUCCCUUUGUCUCUUCCUCCCUCCCUCCUUCCCUGUUAUCUCCAUACCCCUCCCUUCCUCCCUUAUUCUUCUUACACCCUCCUUCCCUCCCUUUUUUCCAUACCCCCUUCCCCUCCUCCCUCCCUCCCUCCUUUUUUUCCAUACCCCCUUCCCCUCAUCCUCCCUCUCUCCCUCUCUCCCUCCCUCCCUCCCUUUUUUCCAUACCCCCUUCCCCUCCUCCCUCCCUCCCUCCCUCCUUUUUUUCCAUCCCCCCUUCCCCUCAUCCUCCCUCUCUCUCUCUCCCUCCUCCCUCCCUCCCUCCCUUUUUUCCAUACCCCCUUCCCCUCCUCCUCCCUCCCUCCCUUUUUUCCAUGCCCCCCUUCACCUCCUCCUUCCUCUCUCCCUGUCCCUCCCCCUCUCUUCCCUUGCUUAUCUCCUCCCUCCUAAUAUAGACAACACUCUGUAAUGUUACAGGUCACCCUUACAACAGUUGGGUAUGGUGACACUGUACCCUCCACCUGGUAUGGAAAGUGUUGCGCUGCUUUGUUUUUUAUCUCUGGAAUCUCCUUUUUUGCUCUUCCUGCUGUGAGUAUUGAGAGUUAUUACAUUGGAUAUGUAAAAUAAUUUACCCAUUUAACAUAAACUCUUUUACUCCCUGAGUGACCAAGAGAGAAUUUCUCCUUACAAUAGUGAUACAAUAUCAAUCAGAUAUUAAGUGUUGAGAUUAAAGAAAAAUAUCAAUUUGGGGAUAAUUAGUUGAUCCAAUACUGAAUUCUCUGAACUAAUAUUACAAGAAUUGUAUAGUUGACAGUAAGGAUAAUUACAAAUUUGAUCUAGGACUUAAAGAGUUAAAUGGUGGAAUAAUCUAAACUUGGUAAUUACUGGUAUAUUACUUGUAUAAGACUGAACUGCACUGUAAUGCGCCCAGGAAUUGAAAGAGAAACUGAGUGUGUGAAAAAAUAAAUAUGUGGUUUGAUCUUUGAUGAUUACUUUACAGCAUUUAGCUAUUUCCAAGUUCUAAAAACUCUCACUUUAAAAUUUCUACUUAAUCAAACCUUUCUCACAAAAGUCAGCUUUGUUGAUCUGAGAGCAAAAACUACUUUGUGUAUCAAAGGCUUCAUUUUGAUUUAGGGAUGUUGGCUUUCUAAGAAGUGGACUUUCCUCUAUGCAUUGCAAUUUGAACUCUGUGGUAUUUUAGAUCACAGUCAACCUUUUCUGUUUUCUUUAAACUUUCACUAUUUGAAUGAGGCUGAGUGUAAAACCUUAAUUGUGAAAGUAAGUUUUAUUUGCUCCAGAAUCAAAAAUUGUGUUCUUAUUUAAGGCUGUACACCAAGGUUUGUGUUAUAGCAAAGGCUUUACUAUUGUGAUGUUUAAAGCAAAGGCUUAGGGUUUCUAGUAAUUGCUGGUUGUUGAUGAAUAUUCAGUUUUAUUUUUCCAUUGUUUCCCAGGGCAUUUUAGGAUCAGGAUUUGCAUUAAAGGUCACACAACAGCAGAGGCAGAAACAUUUUCAUAGGAGAAGACGGCCAGCUGCAAUUCUCCUUCAGGUAUUGAAAAAAAAAAUUUUUGCUAUUUUGCCCAAAGAUUUAUUCCAAAAACUUCCAAUUGUAACUUUGCAAGAACUUUGUAAUUUUUAUAUUUUUCUAAAAACCCUUUGACUCUUAAGGGUGAUCAGCAUCUAAUUUCUCCUUGUAAUAACACCCUGGAAGCAAAUGCUACAGUCAUGAGAAUAAAGGAAAUGAUCACCAACUAAAGAGGCUAAUUGUUGAAGAACCUUAGGAAAUUUUCAGAGAACAGAAAGGAGAAUAUGCAUACUGAUUUUAGUUUUGUUCUUCAUCUAUUCUCUACAGUCAUACUGGCGGCUUUUCUGUGCUGAUCUAGACUCAAAGUCAGUAGCAACAUGGCUGCCGUCAAUUUACUACAAUCGCCAGCAGCAUCUCUUGAAGGCUGUAAUGGAGAAAACCGGCACCACAGGUAUGGUGGGAGUGGAAGAUGAUAGUCCUCAUCUAUCAGAUUCACAACAUAAAAGGAAACGGUCUCUAUGGACAAAGCAGAAAGGGUUUAGAAGAGAGUCAUAUGAUGUGCAUUCCACUAAAUCUGAUUCACAAUUGACUGCUAAUUAUGACAGGAAGGCUAGCACCUGCAGUGUAUUAGACAGUGAUUUUAUUGGUGAGACAUUGCCCAUUUUGUGACUUUAACCCUUUUGAGCCCAAGAGUAUAAAAGGAAUUUUUUUUAGGGAAAGCCCAUGCACAUGUUUUGGCAAACAGUCUGGAUUCAGCCCAGUUUUCAAUCCUUUAAUUCUGAUUAACAAUAAAUGGCUGUGUUUUUUAUGUGGCGAUAGGACUAAUUUAUAGCAGAGCAGCUUGCAUUAAGCCUAUAAAAUGUCCAAAAACUCAAUGGUACCAAAAAAAAAAAAGAAACAGUGCCAGCAACUUUCCUUCAAAUGGUCACAGAGUAAUGUCUCAGCCAUAGACUUGUUAAAGCUCUAUAGCAAAGUCAUUCAGCAUAGAAUUACUUUUGCGUUGCAAGUGUUUCUGUAAAAUGUCCACAAAAGCCGAAAUUUGAAAAAAAUUGACUGGCCAAGGAUCUAACUCUGGGUGAUAAAGGGUUAAAGUUUGUUAUUGUCAGACAAAAAAAGACAGUAUUUAGGGCUGGUUUUUGUGAGUGAUGAAGUUGAUGGAGAACGAUUAAGAAGCUGAGAGGCUGUGGAAAUGUUGCAGAUGGUGGCAUAAGCAUCAGAAUAUCCUUACUUUGAUGCCAAUCUUAUCAGAUUGGUGCAUUCAAUCCUGGUGUCCACAAAAAAUCCAGAAAAGAGCUGCCGUCACAAGUCAUCAUUAGCUUCAUCUGCAGCAGUUCAAUCUAUGGGCCCUGUUGCCUUACCUUCUGUCAACUUCUUCCUGCAAAAAUCAGUUCUAAAUCUUGUAUGGGCAUUAUAUACAAAUGAGAGUCAUGUUUAACUCUUUCCACUGCUUUGGUUGAUAAAUUGUAACUUAAUUCUCUGGGAACUGGGGGGUAGCCCAACAGAAAAGCACUUCGGCGGAAGUUCUGUGGAAAAACUUUGAGAAUGUUGAAGAUUGUGCCAAAAACUUAUAAAAUAUGAAUUGAAUGUUUCCUAAAAAGUGUCAAUGUCAGGAAACAAUAUUCCACCCAAUGCUUUCUGUAAGAUUGGGUAUUGCUCUGUUUUUGGGGAUGCUUUCCUUGAUUUGACUUCUGGAGAAAGAGUUAAUGAGUGAUUCUAACUUUUAACAAUAAGAUAUGUGUGGCAGAUAUGCUGUUUUUUUAUUUUUCUCACAUUAUUUUUGUUUAUUUUUCUUUUAUUAGUAAGAAUGCACCAGUGAACUAGCACUUGCACAUUCUUCAGCACUUGCAAGAACUAACAAAGCAAUCCACUGUUUUACAGAAAGAUAGGCACUAGCCAGUGUGAAAUAUGGAAUUCCUGUGGCAUGCAUAUGCUUGCAUAACUGUUUGGUUUAAAAUUUAUUUUUAAAAUGACGAAUGCGUACUUUGUUACCCUGAUCAAUGCUAACAGCAAUGAAAAUGAGUGACUUUAAAUGAUUUGAUUUUGCUACAGUAAAUUGAAAUGUUUCAACUACAACAUCUGAAACAAGUUUCUUGAUUAGUAAGGCUGACAGGCAUAAAAACAAAAAAAAAUAGUAAAAUUUAAGUUUAGCUAAUAUUUUUUUUCUCAAAGAACAUUCCAAAUUUUUUGUAUAAAUGAAUCUGAAUUUGGGAAUACUUAGGUCACUAAGAGCAUACCCAUGAGCAAUGUUCGUAAUCUUUGACCAUCUAAAGGUAAAAUUGUGAAUGUAAACAAAAUAAUGUUCAAGUCUGGUAAAGUCAGAUUAUCCUUACAAUAUACUGACCAUUUUUAUUUCUUUUAUUAUUGUAAAUAUGCAUAAAAAGAUUCCAUACUCUUUAAAUUUAAGUUUUGUCUUAAAUUAUUGCAUGGUACUGCAUUUCCUCUUCAAGGGACUGCCCUAUCACUCUUUGCCUCUCACCCCUCCCCCAUCUCCCUUCCCCUCCCCUCCCCUCCCCCCCCCAAAAAGGAGGUGAUUGGAAAGAGACGGUUUCCAGCACCGUUUUGAAAUCAGCUACGCAAUGUUUAAUUCUUGAAUAAAUUUGAAUGAGGUUAAGUCCCCUCCCCCAGGGCCCCUCGUCGAGGAAGUACAGUUCAAUUAACUAACAUUUCAAAUUUAAAAUAAACUUCGAUCUAUCUUCAGCUGAGAGUACAAGAUCGAAAUUCGGUUCCGUCAACAGCCAUGAUGCAAUAGUGACGAUGCUGUCAUCACAUAAUGUGCAUUGUUCAAUUGUUCACUCCAGAAAGCAAUCAAUUAUACCCUCGAUUUGGGGUGGUAAGUGAUUGACAGUUGAUUGACGGUGAUUGAUAAUUAUGACGGAGUCUCUAAACUUGACUUUUGUGAUAACAGUAAAGUUGAGCUAUUUAAAAGAGAAUCUAAUAGAUGUAAAUUUGUUAUUUGAAACGUGCGGUGCACUAUCAAACUUGAAAAUAUUGUAAAAAUUAUGCCUUUGUUAUUCAUUUAAUAUAUUUUCCAAUUCAUAACUUAGACGAUUUAAUAAACCGCAGUGAGUUAUAUUUGACAAAAAAAAUUAUAACGCCGUUGUACAAAAUCAAAAUUAAAUGUUACUUGAUACUUAAAAGAAUAUGCUGAAUCUAAGGACGACGUUCUUUUCUUGUUGUAUAGUUUUGAAGGAUAUUUAAACUUCUAAUCAGGUAAAUUUUACAUAAACAAAAACUAACAUUUGCCUUUUUACUUAAUUUUCAUCUCGGCCAGGUGGGUAUAUCUAUCUUUAUGUAUCAAGCAAUCAUGCGCAGGAAACACUAACCAGUUUGCAUAUCUUUGUAGUUAAUAUAUGCUAACCUAAGUAUGAUGACGUAAUCUUAACAAAAAUAGCCGCUGAUUUGUUGUUAUUUACGCGCGAAAAUUCAAAACUGAGACACCCAAUCAGAGGUAAUUGGCGCACAGGUCAUCAGAGGGGAUUUGUGAGUGCAUUUUUUGACGUCACUCGGGCAAUGUAGAGUUUGAGCUCAAAUAAUUAUGGUAGGGAAACUCUGUUUAUUCCAUAUUCCCGAUUAGCUUAACCUCUUUCCUCUGCGAUAUUGCAGAUGAAAAUGCACUGUUGGCUUUACAGACAGACGGAGAACGACCAUGCAUCGAGUAAGUAUCUUUUUUUGUAAAUUUUUUAGCGAAAUAUUCGGGGACUAAAUGGGGUUUGUCAAAUUUGUUAACUCAUAUCCCAGCAGUACUUGCUUUCUUCAAAGGUCUUCAAUCUCAGCUUUAAAAUUAAUUACUUUCUUUCCACAGGUUGACAAAUGCUCAAAAGUUGGCCAUUCGUCUCAUUCGAAUCUUAAAGCUCAGAGUUGCAAUAAGGAAAUUCAAGGUAAGGGCAAUCCACGAUUACUUUGAACACUUAGUUGAAAAAUGCUUCAACUUUUUUAUCAUCUUUUCUGUACUUUCUCGUUGUGCAGGAGGCUAGGAGACCAUAUGAUGUUAAAGAUGUUAUUGAACAGUAUUCAACAGGUCAUGUCGAAAUGUUAGCAAGAAUUAAAAGUCUUCAGGCCAAGUAAGGGCAUAACAAAUAUAAUUUUAGACUAUUAUUUGAUAGUCAUGUCAAGCUAGACGGUCAUGGUAGGUUUCAGCGGAGAGAAAAUUGAACUGCACCUCUUGGUUUCAAGGAAUCUUGCGAACUGUCACGUGACAUGGAACGGAGUCAGAGACCAAUCAUAAUGCCUGUGAGCAACAUAACAACCAAUCAGAACUCGACAAAAAUACACGUGACUAACGCCAGUCACUCUAAGCGCCGUAAAAUGCACGCGCCAUAAUCGUGAUUGAUUUUGAUUGGUCGAGGAAGUUACGCGUGUUUCUGUUGAGCCAAUCACAGUGCGAUGUUCAGCGAAACUAAAGUACAUGCUAGUCUUUUUUUAAAAGUUGUGUAAACUGAACUUUUUAUCUUUUUUCUCAUGCAAUAAAUCACUUCUAAGCGUUGUAGACGUCUAUCAUUCGUGUCAUUACAUUUCCAGUGACUCUUCGCUAAAAAAGCCAAUGGACGUGAUUCAGUGAAGUGCGCUUCGCUUUUUUCUUAAUGAAAAGGCGUACACUGUGUGUUGGAAAAUCUAUCGUGGUAGUCGUAUGUAUGUUGUAAAACCUGUGGCUUAUUAUUUUUUACUUUAGGAUGGACAAAUCUCACAGAAGUGAAGGAGGUAGGUAAUAAGGUUGUUACACAGGAAAUUUGAGUGCUAACUGGAGGAAUGUAUCGAAUCGCUCAUCAUCCAAAGAAACAUUUAUCUUACGGCGACGUACAGAAGUUUGAGAAUUCAAACGGAGGAACACCUUUCUCGUAGAAAACAAGAGUGACAAAGUUUAGUUUUGGAUCUGACUGAUUGAGAAAAUUGCGCAUUUUUACAAAAGCUAGUUAAGCGAAACCAUUGCAAUCCCUUAUUGCAUUCGACUUUUCAAUGAAAAUUAUUUUACGAGAGACAGGGUUGGGGAGUGCAAGACACUGACACUGUUAAGUUCACGCUAGGGUUGACAAAACAAGAUGGAGGGGAAGGGACUGGGCUGUUAGUAUUUGCAAAGUUGAAGACUCUUCUUUUUUUUUUUCCAGAUGAUGAAGGCGCAGGAAAAGUAGACGUAACCAAAAGACUUUCUCGGGUGGAACAUCAAGUGACCAUCAUAGAUUCUAAACUUGAGCUGGUUCUGCAGAUGCUGCGGAGCCUUCAGAGCACUCGUGAGUCUCCAUCGGGUGGCAGCAACUCUUACGAUUUGAAUUUUCGCGAAAAUGGCGACGGUGUUUCCUCCAGGCGCUCCUCAGUGACCCGCGCGCAUUCCGACCCGUUAGACGUUCGAACCCAAAUGGUUCCAGGCACACACAGCGCUACUACCCACGUGGUAAGAUCGUCGGAUAUUCCUUGCGUGACGCUAAGUUAUCCUGAAUCUUGCCAUAGCUCAGGGUCACGCCCAGGCUCUCUGAGUUCCACGCAGUCGCAGUCCCUACAUGGGAGUCUUUCGGGUGGAGAUCAACACCCAAACUUGGACCACUUAGAUGCAGUUUACGAUACUGAUGCGACUGCUCUGAACGCCCUACCCUCGUCACGUAAUCUUGGAACGGACAAGAGGCAAUUGUCAGACGUGACAGAAGCGGAUGAGAGUCUUGCGGAUUCGAAAGAGACUGUUGGUGGGCUGACUCCCCCCGGACCAAUUUCUCAUCAAAACUCUACUGCGUCUGAUACUGAUCCCGUUCUGGGGGAUACAGACAGCCCUACUGAGCAGAAUGGUGAGGAACCGGUGUGGGAAAAAAGAGAAAUAGGUUUAGAAACGAGACGGCGUAAACGAAGUCUCUUGAACUCAUCAGAGUCCGAAACACAAAUGCCAGAACAUGAAGAGGUUUCACAGGCAGAAGAAAAAGACUCAGAUGAAUGCGACAUCGCUGGACGAUAUCAAGGGACGCCAGAACGAAGGGACUCUCUCACAGGGGAAAGGGACACUUUACCAAGGGGUGCUCAGGGGGAGUCGGAAGAUGCUCCAUCUUCCCCUCAAGCCGUUGAAGAAGGACACUAUGAUUCAUCAGUGAGAUCUACGCCUACGCGGAUGUCGGCGAAGCGGCGCCCUCUUGUAAAAUCUAACCCUGUUGAGGUAUAGAUUUAUCAGAAACUAAACGUCUCAAAGACGGGCGUGACUACCAAGGAAUUAUGAUCACAGAAAGUAUGGGCUUACGCUAAUUCGUCUCCUAGAGGAACUAGUCCAAGAGCGUUUUUAGCCUAUUCAGGCUCCGCGCUCAUUGAGUGAACGAGAUCCCCAAGGGUUUCAGUUGCUUGUCAACUUAGAAAACUCUUUCGUCCCUGCGGAUGUUCUUACACGAAUCUUCCGCCCUUUCGAUAUGGCUACUGUUGUGAAUGAUCAACUAGUUCAGCGUAAACCGCGGGCUCAGGAGAGUGGUACUUAUUCCUCUGGCCGCGUGCUUUGAUCACGGAAAAACUUGAUGUUAGAGAAAUAGAGUUAUGUCUCUUUUUCGUGUAAAAAACAAAAGCCGCUAAAAAUUCAGUGUUGACCCGCCACGCAACAAGUUUAGAGCUUAAAGUAAACAUUAAAGCUAUUAAUAACUACAUUUCACGAACGCCAUUGGAAAUCUUCUCGAUGAAAGAUUUCCCAGGAAGCUGGACCUCCUUAUAUGGUGCGAUGCUUAAUAUAUACAAAGAUUCUUAAUUGCAUGAGGAUAGAGUUUGCGGAUAAAUAUUGUGAACUAGUUAAAAGUAAUUUAUUGGAGCGGGCAUGAUGCUGAGUCAGUUCGUUGCAAACAGAAGUUUUGAUCUAUGAUCUAAAAACGUGCGAAAUUUCGCCUCAGAAGGUUUUAUAAUUUGACUGUUGUUGGGUUAGGGGAGGGUUAAGUGCGCAGUUGUUCAGAUACUGACAUAGAUUUGAAUUUAACAUCAGCCGUGUAAUGGUUUUGGACACGAGUUUGGUUUUUAACGAGAGAAAAAUAUUUUUUCUUGCUUUAGAUAAUCAUGAAAUAUGAACAUUAUUUAAGUCUCAGAUGAGUGUUUUCAAAUGCUGCCCUUUUAUCGACGUUACUGAGAAUUUUCUCGUUAAAGGUGUAUUUUUAUAUUUUGAAGAGGAACUGACCUGUGUAACAACUAUAAUAAUGUACAGUUUGAUAAAAGGAAAAAAGUCCCAUCAUUCUGCUUGAGGUGUGUUUCUUGAAAUUUUUCGUGGUGUAUGCUAACAUAGUGUUUCCACCUGUGACAUGACUAAAAGCAAGGACACUUCUUCAAACACUUUACCUAGUCCUCCACUAAAGGAUGUAUCUGUCCCUUUCUGGUUAGGAUCAGGGACGGUUAAGUUCUUUCCAGGUCUACGCAUUAAACAAAAUGG